CAAUCUCACACGCAUGCGCAAUAGUGUGGAAGGUGACAAAAUUCAAACUGGGUGGCGGGUAGUUGAAGUCGGAAGACCUAGAAGAAGAAAAUAAAGAGUACAAUAUAUUUACUGUUGAGAGCUAGACCAAAGCGUUAAGAAAAUGACAAGCACGUUGAAGGGAAUUACUCUCAAAGGAAGCGCGGAGUUAGUAGCCGAGUUCUUUUCUUUCGGCAUCAACAGCAUCUUGUACCAACGGGGCAUCUAUCCUCCAGAGACAUUCACCAGAGUUACCCACUAUGACCUGAGUCUCCUACUAACUACCGACCCCAAGCUGAAGAGCUAUCUGACUAACGUGGUGUCUCAACUUAAAGAGUGGCUGUUUGAGUGCACUGUGCAAAAGCUGGUGUUGGUGAUCACGUGUCUGGAAACCAACGAGGUGCUCGAGAGAUGGCAGUUUGACAUUGAGUGUGACAAGUCGGCUAAAGAGAGCAGUGCACCCAGAGAGAAGUCCAUUAAGACAAUUCAGCAUGAGAUCCGCUCAGUUAUCAGACAGAUAACAGCCACUGUUACUUUCUUGCCCCUGCUGGAGACGCCAUGUGCUUUUGACCUCUUGGUUUAUACAGACAAGGACCUGGUGGUUCCAGAUAAAUGGGAAGAAUCAGGGCCGCAGACCAUUGACCAGCCAGAGGAGGUGCGUUUGCAUUCCUUCACCACUUCGAUCCACAAGGUGAACAGCAUGGUGGCGUACAAGAAGACUGAGUCAGCUUAAACUUCUAAACCACAUGAGCUGUUACAGCACCGACCACUGAUUCUCAUAGAAACCAGUAGAUCUAACACUGCCGUGUCUUUGUUCACUGCCUGUGCGUGACUGGACAACGAGGACCUGUUUUCCUUUGUUGAGCUUCACUGUGUCUUAUUUGUCAAUAUGAUAAGGACAUGAAGGAAAUGUGUUCUUUCUACAUUGAUGUAAAUAUUUCUGCCACGUGGCAUUUGUCUGUAGAAAACAACUGUCUUUUCUUUAGUCUUUUGCUUUCUUUCAUUCUUUCAGUCUGUUUUAGAAAAUAGUGGUAUAUAUGUUGAACUUUUAUAAAAUGACAUAAAUAAAUGCAUUUUGCUUUUUCCCAAAGAA